AUGUCCGCCCCAUCGCCACCAAGCGCCAUUGAUGCAGAAGUCCAAGAGGCUCAGACUUACCUGAAAGGGCUGAUUCAGAGGGAACAAGGAGACCAUGUACCUGCCUUCUCGUCAAUUCCGGUCAUCAACCUUGGCCCAUUAACGCAUGGCUCCCCCGCGGACAAACAGAGAAUCGCACGGGAGAUCCACGAGGCCUGUACGGUCAGUGGCUUCUUUUAUAUCAGUAAUCACGGAAUCAGUGCAGACCAAUGUGAUGGAGUGUUAAAUCAAGCGCAAAGAUUUUUCAAGGAACUCGCAUUCGAGAAGAAGAAAGAGAUUCACUAUCAAAACUCAAAAUUCUUCCGCGGCUGGCGACCAUCGGCCGACAUCCUCCAGCGGUCCCAUCCCGAUAGCGCACAGUGCCUCGGCGUAAAGGGGGUGGGAGACUACAAAGAAGCCUUCAACUGGGCAUAUCAGUAUGAUCUGGACCCCACCGGUGGCGAUGGGAAGUAUGUGGAGCUUGAUGGCUCUCGAUUAGUCGGGAACCUCUGGCCAAAAGAGGAGGAUCUUCCUGGCUUCUUCGACGGGGUGAAAGGAUUCUACUCCGAGGCUUUGCAGCUAUCUCGUCGGUUGAUUCGGCUCUUUGCACUGUCCCUUGCUCUCCCCGAAACCACUUUCGAUCACUUGGUCACUCACCCGGGCGGAGUGGCACGCCUGCUGUACUACCCUCCCACGGACGAGGAGGAAAGCUUGGUCGGUAUUGGAGCACAUUCAGAUUUUGAGCUUUUUACGCUUUUACUACAAUCGGAUAUCAAUGGACUAGAGGUCCUGUCUCCGGACGGGAAAUGGGUGGCCGCAGACCCUUUGCCGGGAACGAUUGUGGUCAAUGUGGGAGAUUUUAUGAUGCGAAUGACGAAUGGUUUGUACAAGAGUACCAUCCACCGGGUUGUCAACCGCACCGAGAAGGAGCGAUACAGCGUUCCAUUCUUCUUCUCUUUCAACUACGAUGAGAUUGUUGAGACUAUCUCGAGUUGCGUUCCGGAAGGAGAGGAGCCCAAGUACAAACCUAUCAAUGCCGGAAAGUAUAUCCUGGAACGUCUUCGACUCGCUCUCAAGGAUAAUGAAUGA